AUGUCUCAUAGAAGUCAAAUUGUACCAGCAUUAGCGUCGGCUGUUCAUUCCAGUACAGCUUUUCUUGAAGAAAUUCCAAUUACUCAUACCAAUUCUUCACCAAAACUCAACGAAAAAUAUCUUCACGAUGGACGUACUCGAUUAAGAUCAACAUCAUCAUCCUCAUCAAAUCGGGUAGUAGAACAAGAUCACAGUAGUCAUCCAGCGUAUUUGAAUAUACCAUCAACAGUAAGUUCAUCAUCAUCAAAUACGAUCACAAAUUUUUUUAUAUCAACACCAUUAGAUGCUCGACGAGCAUUUACCUAUUUUGAUAAAAAUCGGGAUGGAAAAUUGACUGUUAAAGAAUUUAAAACUGUUAUGCGUACAUUGGGUUAUAAAAAUUCUAACAAACGAUUUAUUCAGAGAAUGUUUGCAGAAGCUGAUCGAAAUAAAAAUGGCGUAUUAGAACUCGAUGAAUUUGUAGAAUUUUUAGAAGGUAAAUUUUCAAUGUCAUCAGACUCAUCAAAUAAUAAUAGUAGAAUAAAUGAUCAUAAUGGUGAUUCUUUACGUGCUCAACUUGAUAUUGAAAGUUUAUUUAAUUGUUAUGAUUUGGAUAAAAAUGGUGUUAUUACGGCAAAAGAAUUACGAAAAGUAAUGGAAAGAAUUUUAGGUGAAAAAUUAACAAAAGACGAUAUUGCUGAAAUGAUGAAAGCAGCAGAUUUGAAUAAUGAUGGUCUUAUUGAUAAACAUGAACUUGAGCAAUUGUGUAGUGCUUUUUGA